AACAGAGGCAUAGUCUGGGAGAGAAGAAGAAAGGCUACGAACAUGAUGCGAUUGAUACUUUUAGGCUCUACAGUGCUUUUAGCACUAAAUCUGGGUAUAGCCAAUGGCCAGUGCCAAAUUACACAGCCAAUGGUCGAGGGUACAACAAGGAUAUUCAUGUUACGUGAUCGGAAUCGGCAAUUGUCAUUGAAACGUACCGUUAGUUCGGCAAAUAAUGAAGUCUUGCAAAUGUACUGCAGCGCCACAGAUAUUGUGGCUACAACCUGCUUGCAGACCAGAGUUUUCCAACCUCGUCUACCUCAGACUUGCCGUGCUCCACCUGUUGCCACAGCAGCUCCUGUGCAGGAUCGAUCGUGCCCACACACUAUGUUUAGGAUAGGCUAUCGAACUGGAAAUCAGUUUUUGGAGCUUUAUCGUUCCUGCUUCGAUACUCGAGCGGUUCGUGCGGUCUUUGUGACUCAUCGUGUUUAUGCCAAACCUUUCUUCCCACGUAGACCUUGCGUUCGCUUCAGUACGGACGGAGUGAUCGGACAAGCUGAUGAGUCCAGCUACACUGUGCGAAACAUUCACGCUACCUUUAGAGCAACAUUUGGAAAUAAUCAGCAGUUUAUACCUAAUAAUCGUGAUGUCGUUAUUAAUCGCGGUCAUUUGGCGGCCUCAGCGGAUUUCUUAUUCGGUGAUCAAAUGUGUGCCACAUUCAAAUAUGUGAACGUAGUGCCUCAAUUCGCGUCUAUCAACGAUCGCAACUGGGAGGCCAUUGAGCGUUGGGUACGCAAUUCUGUGCGUGGCAAUCAAUUUGUUGAUGUGCGAACUGGAGCCACCGGCAUAUUGACAUUGCGAGUGGGACAACAAGCUGGCCGACAGGUGUAUCUCAAUGGACGACGCAAUCCUGUGCCCGAAUGGAUGUACAAGAGGGUGGACAAUCCCAAUAACCGACGGACGGUUGUCUUCCUUACCUACAACAAUAUUUUUGCCGCGCAAAGACCUCCGGCACCGCGUUUCUGUAGGCCCGUGAAUUGUCCCAUCCAGCUGCCGAAUACGGCACGUGAUGGCUUCACUUUCUGCUGCGAUCCUGCCACCUUUAGUCCUUGAUUUCGGUAAAUGGUCUCUGCCAAAUGUCGGUGAAU